AUAUUGUCUAAAAUAUUUGCACCUUCAUUUAUACUUCAUUUUGAUUAUAAACUUGCAGUUGAUAUCUUAGGCUGUAUGUAAAUGAAGCUAACCCAUAUGAAAUUAGGUCCAAUCAAUUGUCAAUUCCUUGUAGGAAUUUUAUUAGUUCUUUCUCUUUCAUUUUAGCACAAAGUGAUUGCUUAAGAAAAUUUUACAUUUUAUUUUCAGCCUCCAUCUUUUCUUGCAUAUGUUUUUGCCAAGAAAACUGGGAAAGACACCCACGUAUUGAUCUCUGCCUGAUGUAAUCCUUUAACCUAUUAAAAAUUUGAAUUAUUCACAUAUAUAUUUGCUUAUUAUUAUACUUUGCACAGUUACCAACACUGGUUCAAUUGUUUACGAGGAAUAGUCUACACUAUACAAAUUCUUAAAUUGCAAGUAUAAAUAUUAACCUGAAAUUGCCGGAUGACAAUCAAUUAGACAAUAGAAAAUCUUCAUAUGAACCAAUCCUUGAUACAUUGAGGUGUUGGGGCUGAAUCAGGACCCCCAAUGCUUAUUGUGGUUAAUCAACCAUUGGUCUCCUUGCAUCGCACGAGACAUUCUACUAUUUUCUAAAAAGAGAGGAAUAAAUAAGUAUAAAAAGGUAUCUCUAAAGUCCGAGUGAAUUCAGCCCGAAUAAGGAUAAUUUAGUCAUUUUAGAUGAGAAUGGCAGGCUUUGUUGAAGAGCCCCACAUUUGCCUUUGUGUUUGUUUCAAUUCUUUCUUGACUCAUUGGUUUAUUGACUCCAACCGAGAGGGCCGCCUCGCUUGAUUUCUUCUUUUGUUCCUCCUCUCUCUCAUUCUUUGCACUGCCAGAGUCGCCCUUCUCUCGUCUGACUGAGUCUUAAAGAAGGGGGGACUCCCCACUUUUAUGAUCCUUUUCCUUUAAGCCCCCAGUUUAUUUGGUAAUUGUUCCUUUGCGCCUUACAACUGUAAAACAGGAAGAGAGGGAGAGAGAGAGAGAGAGAGAGAGAGAGAGAGAGUAGACAUUUGCUUCCCGCAUUGUCCAUCCCUCCUUCCACUCCGUUUCUCAUGCGUGCAAGCCAUUAUCAAACCUUCUUUCAAUCUCUUAGUCUUCUUUCUAACGGUUUUAAUUAUCUGCAAGCAUCUCCUGCAUCCCUCACCCGAAAUUCUUUGUCUCUUUCUUCAUUUUCUCUGCUUUCCUACUUAUAUAAGUCGAUCGCUUCCUCUUUCUCCAAAAUUUUCAUUCUUUGAUCCUAUUCUAGUCCCGUUUUGCCUUUCUGUUCUACAGUAUUUCUGUCUGCCCGUCUGGUGGAAGAGUCUAUGAAUCUCAAAUGUGUUUGAUUGCAACAACCUUCAAUAUUUCUGGUUAGGGAAUCUUGGGUUUGUUUUCUUUAUUUAUAUAAUAUAUAUAUAUAUAUAUAUAUAUAGAUUCGUAUUUGAAGGCAAAGUUGUUCUGUUUAUAUUUGCCUUUUCCUUUUGGAGACCGGAUCUCUGAGAGGUUUUAGUUGGAGUUUCAGGAGCUUUUCUGAUAAUUAUUAGCUAAUGAUUAUUGGGUUCAUCUCAAAAAUACAAGUUUUGCUGGAAAUCAACCUUCUUUUGUGCUAGAAAGCCUCGAUUGAAGUAAGAAAUCUAGCUUGAAAUUCGUCAUUUCUUCAAGCUGAGAUUUACAUUACUAGCUGCAGCUUUGAGGGAUCUUUUGCUUUGGUCUCAAGUCUGAACUUGCAUCAAUGGGAGGACAAUUUAGCAAGAAGACGGGUGAAAAUCCGCCCGUCCUCCAACUAAAUAGCAACUUCCAGUACACAGCCGAGCUGAGCUCCUAUGAAGCAGCAUGCAGGCAUGACCCUGAAGUGCAAACCUUUGACAGCACCCUUCAAGCCCGCACAAACCGCGUCAUCAACACCCUCGCCCAUGGCGUUGAGGUUCGAGCGCUCUCCUUCAACUCGCUGAGAGAAGUUACCGGAUGCCUGCUUGAGAUGAACCAGGAGGUCGUCAAGAUCAUCUUGGAAUGCAAGAAAGAUAUCUGGAAGAAUCAAGAGCUCUUUGAACUCGUGGAAGAGUACUUCGAGAACAGUUUGCAAACCUUAGAUUUCUGUACCGCCAUGGAGAAAUGCCUCAAAAGAGCCCGGGACAGCCAAUUGAUCCUUCAUGUCGCCCUCCAGCAGUUUGAAGAGGAAGAUGGGGUAGAGGGGCAGAAGAAGUAUUUGAAGACAUCGGAGGAGUUAAAGAAUUUCAAAGCUGCAGGAGACCCAUUCACGGAGGAGUUCUUCCAGGUUUUCAAUUCGGUUUAUAAGCAGCAGGUACUGAUGUUAGAGAAAUUAAUGCUUCGAAAGAGGAAACUCGAUAAGAAGUUAAAAUCUGUCAAAGCAUGGAGAAAGGUCUCAAGCAUUAUCUUUGCUGCCGCCUUUGCUGCUGUUCUCAUCUGCUCGGUGGUGGCUGCUGCAAUGGCGGCACCCCCUGUCGCAGCUGCCCUGGCAGCUGCAACUUCAAUUCCUUUAGGGUCGAUGGGUAAAUGGUUCGAUUCACUGUGGAGGGAUUACGAGGUUGCACUGAAAGGGCAGAAGGAGGUAAUACACUCAAUGCAGGCAGGAACUUACAUUGCAAUAAAGGACUUGGAUAGCAUUAGGGUUCUUGUUGAUCGGCUGGAAAUAGAGAUUGAGUCUCUAAUGCAAAAUGCCGAUUUCGCACUUCGAGAGGAGGAUGCCGUAAAGAUCGGAAUAGAUGAGAUCAAGAAGAAGUUGGGGGUCUUUAUGAAGAGCAUUGAGGAUUUGGGUGAACAUGCUGACAGGUGCAGCAGGGAUAUAAGGAGGGCACGGACGGUAGUCCUGCAGAGGAUUAUUAAGCAUCCCAACAACUAAAAGCUUUUUUGAAGCUUGCUCCUUCUUUGGUCUGGAAGAAGCUGGGGAGCUCAGUUACAAACAGAAAUGCCAUUCUAUUGUUAGCAAUGCCAAAAGAGCAAAGACCAUUAUCCAAUGUUGGUCCCAGCUAUCUGUUUUGGAGGGGUGGACUGGACAUGAACCAACCUUUGGGACUUCUUUGCACAAAGUGGCUGCUCUCAUACUUGAACUGAACCUGUGUUCUCACUCCUGUCAGCCCAAUAUUUUACCAUUACACCAAGUAAUGGCCCCUUGUGUAAUUCUAUAAAAAUAUGAAUUGGGCUGAAUACCAAUGAUAGAGAGUGGCAUGCAGUUGUAACUUAGAGAUCAUCUGUUUGAAUAACCAUCAUAGACAGCUAUCACAGUUAAAAUCACAUGUAUCAUUAUUGAAACCAACUGAUAAGAAUGCUUAAUUCCAUCUCUUUUGGCUA